AUGAAAACUAAGAUAGUGUCUUUAUUUCUAAAAAGAGAACAUCUAAUAUUACUAUCAAAAAUGCUUUAAAUAACAGACAAUGCAACUGAAUAAGACACAUAAAUUUAAAAAAUUGAUUCUCAAAACCAAAAAUCUGAAAAUAGAAUUCUCAAAACUGAAAGAUGGCCACAAUAAGAUUUAGACUAUUUUCAGAAUAGUUUUCUAUAAAUAGCAAAUUUAACAUUUUCUUAUUUCAAAUUUCACUUCCCUGCAAAUUCAGCUUUAUAAAUAAAAGAACAUAUUAAGUUUGUUCAUAUUGUAAAAUAAAUAAAUUUUGGUGGAGUAACAAUAGAAGAUGUAUUCAAAUAAUAAAGAGUAAUACUAUUAUUUUAUACAAUAGACUCGUCUCAAUUUAGAAGUAUCCAAAAUAACUAAAUCCAUAAAACUUAUAGAUGAACCAAUAAUGUCAAAACUUAUGAAUUAAAAAAUAGAUCUAGCAUAUAUUUAAACAAUUUAAGAUAAAUAUUUCUAUCCUAAAAACAAUGAUUUCAUGGCACCAUACAUAAUCCUUAAUUUAAAACCACAUAUAUCUAAAACAACUACAAGAUAUUAAUAUAAAGAACUUUAAUAAAGUAUAACAAGUUUAGAAGAUAUUCCUCCUUUUUAAUUUAUGAAUUCAAAUCUCAUUUAACCAAUAUUAAAUUAUGAUUCUUUAAAAAAUACUUUCGAAUAUAAAUUCAAUAAACUAAUGUAAAGGAAUUAACUGGUUUAAUAUACAAUAAAAAGAUAUUCAAAUAAAAUUAAAUAAUAUGAAAUUAAAUCUGAAGAUGAUCAUAAUAAUAAUUCUCUUAAAGAAAUAAAAAAACUAUUCAGUAUUUAAAUCAAAUAAUUAUCUGAAAAUAAAUUAAAUUAAAGUUUAAUUGAUUCCAAUCUCAAACUUUUAAAUCCAUAAAACUUUAUUGAUUCUUCUCCUAAAAUUAUUCCCUUAUUAUUUCAAUCUGAAAUAUUUAAUCAAAUAAAAGAAGAAUCUCAAGAUAUUAAUCCUAUUUGUUAUCAAUAAAUAUAUCACAAUUAAGAUUAAAAUUGUAGAUAAACACAAAAGAUAAUGUCCUUAAAUAUAUCAUAAUAAUAUCUCUAAGAUUCUAAAUAUGUAGAAACAUAAAAGAAUUUACAAUUAUCCUAAAUUGAAUCUGCUAAUAAAUUAGAGUAAAGAUUAAUUAAACCAUCUCUAAAAUCACUAGACUUUAAAUAAUCUGAAUUAUUAAACUAAAGUACUGGUAGGUAUCAAAGAAAAAUGAAUAAUGUAAAAAUACAAGAUCAAAAUGAUAAUUCAUAGUCAAAUAAUAAAUUUUUAAAUAUUCCCCAUUAAACAAUUGAACCUCCUAUUACAUAAAUUGAUAUUUAAACAACAGAUAUUUAAACAAACAGAAACCAUUAAUAAAAAUCUUUGGAUAGAAUUACUUUAAAACCAUUAGCUUAUUAAUCAGCAAGAUUAAAAGGAAUUAAAGAUUCCAAUCAAAAAGAGUCUUCUUUUCCAUAUAUUAAAGAAUCACUUCCUAAUAUUUGUUUAAGCAUAAAUGAUUCUCACCAAAAUAAACUAAAAGAAUCUGAAUCAAAAUUUUCUUUAUAAGGUAGUCUAUAAAAGAAGAUUUAAACAAAUGAAAAAGAAAAAGAAUCUUUAAGAGAUAUAUUAUUACUCUAAAAAAAAAAUAGCAAUUUAAAAAAUCAAUUAUAAAAUUAAUUGAUUUUGUUAACACAUUCUGAGUAAAUAUUAACUACUUUAAUGUCAAAUGGAUCAAUAAGAGGAACAGAACUCUAUUAAUAAUUAUUGUAGCCAAUAACAAUUAAUUCUAGCGCUAAAUUCUUAACUCCAAAGAGUAACAAUAUUUUAUCAAGAGCAAAAUUUAGAAAAAUGCAAUAAGAAAGUAAGAUGUUCAGUCUUAAAUGA